AAUCAACGACGAGAUGAUAGACAAGAAGUCUCACACGCUACAUCCCACCCACAAAGUCGAGCCUCUCAACGACAACAAGAGAUGGAAACACGUCAAAAUGAGGCACUUAAUGUUCCUCCUGUCUUACCUCAAGAAAUGACUGCAGAAAGCCACUCCGGACACCCUCGGCAAGAUUCGACCGAGUUGGAAGUUUUGCGUAGGAAAAUUGCCGAACUGGAAAGUCGCCAAAAAGCACAAGAAGACACACCACGACGAGCAUCUACCUCGGUGCAAGUUUAUUUAGAAGCUGAUUCACCAUUAGCUCCCGAACUUACUUCGGAACCUGUUCCCGGGAAAGUGAAAGUACCGCAAUUCGGAUUGUACGAUGGAACGUCAGACCCUGACGCCCACCUUGGCCAUUAUACUUCAUGGAUGGAUCUCCAUGGCGCGUCAGAUGCACUUCGGUGCCGUAUGUUCUCUCUCUCAUUGGGGCCUCGAGCUCAAAAAUGGUAUCACUUCUUACCUCCUCACUCAAUUUGGAAAUGGCAAUA